AUGCGAUGCAGCGAGUCGAAUUUGUCUCUUAACUUGAUAGCUCGGGAUAACAAGCUCCUUGGUAAUGAAGGCAAAGUCGUCUGCAUGACGCAACUUUCGUCGGAUUCAUGGGUGCUACUGAGGUAUCGAUAUGAGGAUGUGUCAGGCUCAUGUGACCGCGAAGGCUUGACGCUGGUUAAUGCGGAUCGGACGAGCAGCCCCCUUAGUGAUACUGCCAAUGAUGGCACUAAUCACUCAGACGACGUGGACGAAGAGGACGAGGACGGCUCGGGCGAAUACAGGCCUCAUGGUGCCAGCAGUGACCAGCGACUCGGCAGAGACGACAUGCGUUUUCGCAAACGAACACAUGUACCGUGGUCAAAGUCGAACGAACUGCGGUUGUUCGCAUACAAGAUAGAUAUGGAUAUGGUGUUUGCAGUAGUCACACGAUAG